AUUAGUUACAUCUGGUAACACCCAAUAUUAUUGCUGACGCUGUAUUCCAUUGUAAUGCUCGAUCAUAGUACUUUUAGUCAGUCUACUGCCAAACUUCACCGAGAGCACUUCUCUCUUUUUCGAUGUAUAUUUUAUAAUUAUGUGUUUGAAAAUAAAGUUUUCUUUUUAAAAAGGUGUUUGGUUACCCCAGAACUAUAACUGGCGCCCGAACUACCUUCCUUACGUUUUUUCGAGGUUGUUCAUUUAACAACAAGUUUUUUUCGAUUCGCGAUCUUUAAUUUCGACUUCGUGAAAAAUCCGGAAAACCAGUGAGUGAGGUGAACCCUUCAAGACAAGUUCUCUGCGUACCACACCUGCGACCUUCGAAGUUCAACCUGGCAGACAACGAAGACUCCUUCCACAAAUUUGAGACGGAAGUAAAACUACCAUCAACUGACGUGAUGGUACUGCCCCUAAUUCUCCUGUUGCUGGCCCCAGCAACGUCUUAUAAGAUGGUAGAUUUGAGCAGAACAUCUGGUAUUGCUCCAAUCAAGAUACAGAAUUCUCAUAUAAUUAAUGAAACUUUUACCUAUGUUCAUAAUAUUAAUACUAGUUAUUUACGUUUAGAAUUAAGUAAUAUUGAAACAUUUGUUGAUUUUCUCGCUAAAAGGAAUAAUAUUGAUAAGAGUCGCUUAAGUAUGAUGAAAUUGAAUUUGAAAUACACUAAGAAUAAAUUGAAUGAGAUUCAAUCCGUUAAUUAUAGGCAGAAAAGAGGUCUUUUUAAUGGUUUAGGAUCCGCGAUUUCGUGGAUCACUGGGAACAUGGAUGCUGAUGAUAAGGAAAGAUAUGACAAAAUUUUGCAGACAGUCCAAUCUAAUGAAUAUCAUCUUAGUAACAAUGUAGACAAGCAAUUUGCUGUAAAUCAGAAAUUAAUUAACGAAUUCAAUAAUGAGAUGAAAGUAAUCAGAGCGAAUAAUCUAAAAAUCAGCAAUUACUUUAAUUCUUUGUUCAAUGAAUCGAACCGAAUGGAAAUGAAUCAGCAAUCCUCUUUGUUAUUCGACUCGCUCCUGCUUCUGAAUAAUAAAAUAUCUGACAUUGUAACUAGUCUCGAAUUUUGUAAAUUGAAAAUACUGCAUUCUUCUAUUAUUUCUCAUGAUGAUCUUUUUCUCCUACAAAAAAACUCAAAUGUCAGCUUUAUUUCAAAUAAAAUUAGUGUGUUAUGGAAACUAAGCAAAGUACAUUGUGGAAUAUUUAAAGACCAUAUUUCAUAUUUUGUGGACGUACCGCUAUUGUCAACUGUUUAUGAAACGUUUUUUCUAUUGUCUUAUCCUGUCAUUGUCGGUAACGAAAUUUUAACAACUAUUGCACAUCCUUCUUUUGUUCUUCGAAAUGACAAAUUAUUUUCUGGAAAUUGUGAACUCAUUUAUGAUGAUUAUUAUUGUAGUGAAGUAAGCGAACUUAAUGAUAAAUGUAUUGAGCAAUUAUUAAAUGAUAGGAAUCUAGACGGCAGAAUAUGA